AUGAUCUUCACCAUCACCUGCCUUGCCCUGGUGGCCUCUUCUCUGGGGAAAGUGAUGGGUGAAUAUAUAUAUUUACAAAAUGGAAAACCUAAUAAAGAGCUUAAUUCUUGUGUCAUGAACUUCUGUUCUUUAUCAACAGGUUGUGGAGUUCCGGCGAUUAAGCCACAGACGAUUGGCAGCAGGAUUGUGAACGGACAGAAUGCCAUCUCUGGUUCUUGGCCCUGGCAGGUCUCUCUCCAGCUACCAAAUGGAUUCCACUUCUGCGGUGGAUCCCUGAUCAACCAGAAUUGGGUUCUCACUGCUGCUCACUGUGGUGUCGUGGUCGGCUAUCAUCGUGUCAUUCUUGGAGAACAUGAUCGUGGCUCCAAUGUUGAACCCAUCCAGGUCAAACUCGUUUCCAAGGUCAUCACCCAUCCGCUCUACAGCAGCACGACAUUCAACAAUGACAUUGCGUUGCUGAAGCUUGCAUCUCCAGUUGUCUUCACUCCCCGUAUCUCUCCUGUAUGUCUGGCUCCAUCAACCAUCAACAUCCUGCCUGGAACCCGCUGCUUCACCACUGGAUGGGGCAAAACUGCCACCACAUUGAGUCCUCUAAUCCUACAGCAAACAGGUCUGCCCAUCAUGAGUCCUGCUGUGUGCAGGCUGAUCUGGGGUCAGAGCAGAAUCACUGAUGCCAUGAUCUGUGCUGGAGCCUCUGGAUCCUCAUCUUGCCAGGGUGAUUCUGGUGGUCCUCUGGUGUGUGAGAGUAACGGAGUCUGGACUCUGGUGGGGUCUGUGUCCUGGGGCACCAGCACUUGUAACACUCUUUACCCUGUAGUAUACGCCCGCAUCUCCCAACUGCGCUCCUGGAUCGACAAGACUAUCGCUUCCAACUAGAACACCAGUCUGAGCAUUUACCCUUCAAAGGAGGCAAAAGUAGAUUUUAAUCAUUAAUCUGUAUCGCAGUUGGUCC